AUGGCCUACUGUGCCUUUGUCGGCGCCCUCGUAGUUGGAAUAUGGCUACACUACCACAAGAUCGUACAGAACGAGUUCUACGGCUACCCAGAUGAAUGGUUCCCAUCCGUGUCCGCGACUAUCGGCGACCGCUACCCAGAGCGUUCGGUGUUUAUGCUCUUCAUCGCCCUCACGUCCGGCCCUCGAUUUGCGCUCGUUGGCCUUUGGUACAUCUUGACCCGCCGUCCUAACUCGUCCCUCCCCAAGUUCAUCGCUGGCGUUGGUAUCUUUCGGACCUUGACAUGCGGGGGGUGGACAUAUGUGACCUCUACAGACGACCACGACUGGCACGACAUUUUCAUGAUCUCAUACCUUGUCGCGACCCUUCCUUGGACCUUGGGCUGUGUUGCUCUCAGCCCCAAGAACCCCACUGCUCUCAAGUACCGAAAAGUCCUCGCUGGCAGCUUUUUCGGAACUCUUGUGCCGUUGAUAUACUUCUUCAUUCAACACAAGGUACAUCGUGUUGCCGGAGCCUACACUAUUUACGCUUUCUUCGAAUGGGCACUGGUUCUGCUCGACGUAGGCUUUGAUGCUGUCACCAUGAUCGAAUUCCAACAUUUGGAGAUUGUCGUCAAGGAUGUUCGAGGUGUUUCCCGCCUUGCGGGCUCCAAAUCUACAUCAGACAGCAUCCAAGAAAAAAACAAGGAAAUGAGCGCGACCUUCUCAGGUGCCUUUGCCUGGUCCGGACUCAUUUAUGCUGCGGCAGAUGUGUACAAUGGAUUUGUCUUCUGGUCCAUGCUGACUUCCCUUGGCGUCUGCGUCUGGUACUUCCCGCUUUGGCACAUGGGUAUCUCUGGUUAUGAGGCCUUAGUCAUGUGCACCAUCACUCCCUUCUUCCUUGGCAUCAAGCCCAUACGCUACCUUGCCACUCGCUACGUCUGGUUCUUCCAUUUGCUCUCACUCUCUGGGCUUCUUGCCUUUCUCGCAAAGACGCCUGUCAACCGACUCUUCGCUGUUGGUUUUGGUCUAUCCAUGUCGUGCCUCGCAUGGUCUGCUACUUUCUUCGCCGAACGGUCCCAACCACAUCGCCUCGAAGCACGCAUCUCUGCUUUUGCUAUCGGUCUAAUAGCUUCUAGUAUUGCCAAGUUUGCUUUUUGGACAAACAACCCAAUCUGGCCAAUUAUGCAUGAGGCGAACGGCGGAUGGAACAGGACCGGUCUUGUAGUUGCCUUCGUAUCGAUGCUUAUAUCGACCAGAUCUACCGCCAGCUCUGGUGCUGAUGUGCCAGCUCAGGGCCCUACUAAAGGGUCGUCCGUCUUUGCGAGCUUCGGUUUGGCAGGAGUCAUGUUCGCCAUGCACUCGCUGCUCUCCGACUCGAGUACGAUGAUCUCUUGGGUAUGGGAAGGCUACCCCGUUCGGGGUCCCCUGGCUGUUCCCCAUGGCACUUUGACUUUGUUAGCUAUGGGAUUGGGUCUUACGAUUGGGUUGUUCGCGCCAAACCUGUCAAGAUCGUGGGCCUUCUACGGCGUAGGUUCAAUUGGCGCUGCCGUUCUAACUACCACUAGUCACUGGUCUGGGUUCUAUGGCGCCCUUGUUCUUGCUAUGUACACCAUGGCAGCAGCACCUAUCCUGAUUGCCCACGCGGCGCGCCACUCUCCAGGCCGGACGUUCGGACUCGGAUUCUUGGUGUACAACUUCAUGGUUCUCUUCCACGUCUGGGUUGUAGCCUACGCGUUCGUUCCUGGUGGCCCGCUCGUCCGCGAACAUACAGACUGGGUCAUGACAGCUAUGAUGCUCCAAAUCGGUGCCGGCAUCUUCAGUGUCUCUGCGCAACCGCCUGCACUUAAAAACUACAAGGGCAAAGCUGUCAUUACUGCAGCCGCCGGUAGACAGCGGUCCUACUACUUGUACGUUCUCGGUGCUCUGGAGCUGAUUGCCAUCGCUACUGCCUACCUACGCUUCCCGUCAUACGACUACACGCCCUACCACCCAGAAACCAAGUCCAUCACUGCUGGUAUCUGGACGAUACACUUCUCCCUUGAUAACGACAUGUGGUCUUCUGAAUACCGCAUGCGUGACCUGAUCAAAGAAAUGGAAGUCGAUGUCAUAGGUCUCCUAGAAAGCGAUCUCCAACGCAUCAUCAUGGGCAACCGUGAUACAACACAGUUCCUUGCCGAAGACCUAGGCAUGUAUGUCGAUUUUGGUCCGGGCCCGAACAAGCAUACAUGGGGCUCAGCGCUCCUCUCCAAGUUCCCAAUUGUAAACUCCACACACCAUCUCCUCCCGUCGCCCGUUGGCGAACUCGCUCCUGCCAUCGAAGCCACAAUCGACGCCUACGGCGAGAUGAUCGAUAUUUUCGUCUUCCACUCGGGCCAGGAAGAGGACCCCGAGGAUCGCCGCUUGCAGUCAGAAUAUCUAGCCGAACGCAUGAAGGCUACGCCUCGCCCUGCCAUCCUCUUGUCGUACUUGGUCAUCAAACCUGGCGAGGGCAACUACAAUACUUAUGUGGGUGAGAAGAGUGGAAUGAAGGAUAUCGAUCCGUCAGACUGGGAUAGGUGGUGCGAAUACAUUCUCUUCAAGGGGUUGAAAAGAAGUGGGUAUGCGCGUGUUUCCAGGCAUACCAUUACGGAUACCGAGUUGCAGGCGGGCAAAUUCGUCGUCGGCGAGCCGGAGAAUGGAAACGAGCUUGUACAUGAAUCGCAGGUUCCUGCUGGCUUGAGAUUCCCGGAACUGUUCAAGGGACACGGUGUCAGGGGACAUAGGUAUCACGUCUUCAAUGAGCCCAGAUACUAUGCUUGA